AUGCCUCCUUGCGUGCCCCUUCGGCCGCCUCGGCCUAUUCUCGUGCGGGCUCUAAUGCUGGUGCCGGCUUGGCGCCCCUAUAUCGCCACCGCUGUUACUGCCAAUGCCGGUGCUGCCGGUUCCGCUGCCCGCGACUAUGUUGUGUGUCUCAUACCAUCCAUGUCGCGUAUUAUUUUGAUACCAUGUCCUAACGUUUAA